AAUGCUGGAUCCUUAACCCACUGAGCAAGGCCAGGGAUUAAAUCCGCAUCCUCAUGGAUGCUAGAUGGGUUCAUUACCACUGAGCCACAAUGGGAAAUCCAUCCCUGAGCCCCCUUCUUGCCAGAGCUUCUAUACCCAUCUGACCCCGAGGACACGCCUGUGUAGGACAGCCCUUCCAGCCCUGGCCACACUCUUUCAUUCAUCCAUUUGGCUGUUGCUUACUGAGCGUCUCCUCUGUGUUAGGCAGCAAGGGUGGGGCUGGGGAUGCAAGCCUGGGCGAGACAGAUUAGAUCCUGCCCCAUGGCGCCUUUGGUCCCUCUGAGGAGGCAGACACAUUAAUAGCCAGGGCCACAGUUUUGUCAUGGCUAUGGGAGCACAGGCGUGUUUAACCCAGACAUGGGAAGAAAGGUGCCUGAGCUUCAGUGAAUAUGAUCUAGGUGAGGAGUGGGCAGGUACCUGGUAUGUGCCAGGAGCUAAAGCACCCCUCUCUGGCCAGAGGGCAGCAUAAAGUGUCAAGUGGUGAGGAGUGGGGGACGGGUCUGGGAGGACCAAGGGGGCCAUGGAGGAAUCCAAGCAGGACUGCUGGAUAGGGGGAACUAGUAACUGCUGGCUGGUGGCUGGGAAGCCAGGGAGGUGGUAGCUAGGGUCAUGGCUGUGGGUGUGGAGAGGAGGGGAUAGGGCUGAGGGCUGUUGAGGAGCAGAACAGACAGGGCUUGGUGCACUGGUUGGGUGUGAGGGGUGGGGAAAGAAGAGCUGUCAGUUCCCUUGGGAGAGGCUCUGGGAGUGGGACUGAGCUCUGAAAUGUCCCCACAGUGAUCAGACAAGGAGGAGGUGGGUGAAGUGCCUGGGAUACAAAAUUUGGGGUACUUGCUGGCAUCUUGUGUUUCUACCUGUGCCCCGUCUGUGGUCCUCUGAAACUUCUCACUAACAUAUAACCUGGAAAGUAGAAGCCAUUCUUGGAGAUGGGGCAAUGGGGCGGAGGGUGGCGGUUCUGGGCAGUGUGUCUCCCUCCAUCCUUCACCCCCUAACUGGGAGGUUCUACCUUUUCUGCACCCUCAAGGGCUGGGGUGGGCUGAGAUCCAUACCUUAGUGUCUCACAUACUCUGGCUAAGGACACGUAUCUGGCUUCUCCUUGCAUGCCUCUCAGGACAGGGCACUCCCUGCCACCUGGAUAGCCCAGUCCCCUGGCUUGGGCCCUUAUACAAAAUUGUUGAUCCUGAACCCAAAUGUGCCUUGCUCUGUCUUCUACCUAAUAGUGGCCUCAGCUAUGCCCUCCUCCCUUUCCCCACCUCUCAGGUUGGUCUGCUGAUCCCCCUUCCUAAACUUAACAUCUCUGAGCUUCCCCAAGCUGCCCCUCCUCCCACAACACCUCCAGAGCAGUGCCCUCUCCACUUGUGCAACAACCCACUUCCAGUGCAUUGUUCCCUCUGCUAGUUAAAAUCCCCUCUCCAGAAUCGGUACUCCCCAAAGUCCUCGAGCAGGGAGGCUACAGGGCAAAGUUCAGUCCUGGGAUCCCCACACAGGUGGAUGAAAUUCCAGCUCUGGCCCAUGAUGGGUGGCUAUCAGCAUGGCAAUGUUUUGGAGCACCUGUAAAAGGGGAAACAAAACUUGCCACCACCUUCUAGGGCUGGUGCAAGGAUUAAAUGACAUGAUGUAUAAACCUCAUGACACAUACCAGUUCCUCAAUAAUGCCUUCUUAACCUGUGGCAUCAAUGAAUAACUACAGAGAUGGAUACUGUCCUCCUCCUGGCCUGGGAAGCCCACUGGUGCAGCCUCAGCCCAGGCCCCGGCACCUACCUUAAUGGCCUCAGGUAGUAGACACCACUGCCGCCCCGUCUCACAUCUAGCACAGACGAAGAGCUAAUCCCAGAGGAAGAUGUUCAUGGCAAGAGGAAGUGACAUUGUCUUGAGAUAUCUGAGCUGUGUUGAGUUGUGGGGCUGGGGCCCUGCUGUUUUGAAUCACUUCUCUGCUCAGUGUUCUCUCUGGCUGCAGGCUCAUUCAGGGGACCGGUGGUAGCUGAGAAGGGAGGUGCAGAUCCACCCUGACUGAGGUGUCUGCCUGCAGGUGUCUCUGGGGCACAUCAACAGACCGUGUCAUAUCUCUGGGGCUGCCCUGGUGGCAGGAGCCUGUCCUGAGCCUGAGGGUCCUGCAGAGGGAGCCCCAGAUCCCAUGGAAGGUGGCCGACCCAACAGAGGCUCACUCCAAACUUUCAGGGUUGUGCUGUUUAUUGUGGGGGUGCCCAGAUGCCUCCCCCACAAGACUGGGGUGGUGAGCUUGGGCCAGGAGACUUGCAGGAGCCCCUCAAAGAUCAGAAGAGCCAGCCCAGGAAGGAAGGACAAAAGUCCCUACAGCCUAGUCUCUAAAGCUGUCCUGCUAUCCUCCUCCUGUGAGGGCCAUCCUGGAGCCAUGUGCGCAUCCUAGGAACAUCCUUUGCUCCUGGUCAGGGUUCCCUGUUGAACAUCAGAGUAUGUCUCUAGGGGAUUCCUGUAGAUUGAAACAGCAUUCAUGCUCUGUAACUCCUGGUAAUUUCUGGAUUCCUGUGCAAGGGGGAAGAGCGCCGCAGGGGAGGGACCACAGGUGUGAAGGCCCAGAGCAGGGCAGCAGGGUGGACACAUGGGAAUGUGAAGUCCUCUGGGCAGGCCAGGGUGAUACUGGGAGCAGAAGAUGUGAAGUGUUUGUGAGAUUGGCAAGGAGAUGGCUUUGUGCAGAGUGCACCUUCAUUCUCACCCCAGCUCUGGCCGGGAGGGCUCCCUGUUACUCUAGCACCCCCAUUUAUUUUAUAGAUGGUUCUAGGAGAAGGUACUUGCUAACAGUCACACAGCUGGGGGGGGCCUGGGCCGCCACAGUCUGCUCCCAUCCCUGCCAAGUCCUGGUGGCUCUGCUCCUCCCUGUGGGGCUGUCAGGAGGAGGGUCAACUGUGGGCUCAAUUUGCCAUUUUGUUUAGGAGCCUGAUGGCUUGCGGUCCUGGGUCCCCAGUAGGCCUGACUCUGCUUCAUGCUCUCUGUGGGGUGAUCCAGCAUGAUCCAGAGCUUGGUGCUGUGCCACAGUUUCCCUAGUUGUACAGGGAAGUUAUCAACCUGGUUCAGUCACACUCUUGCCUCUCAGAGCCAUAUUGCACCAGGAGAGAGAAGUGGCCCAUUCACAGGUGGGGAAAUGAGGCAGGGGGAGGGAGCAGGAGGGCCUGGGGCCCAGGUAACUCCCAGGCCUGCAGACCCUGCUCUGAGGGUGCAGUCAGCAUCCAGGAGGAGAGACUAGAGGGGCUAAUGGCUGGCAAAACUCAGCUUUUCCCAUUUUCUUUGACCUGCCCUCCAGCUCCCUCUGCCUCGGGUUCACAACUCUACCCCAGCUGAGUGUGUCCGAGGCAAGGCCCCCUUCUCCCCACCCCCCAUUUAUGGCUUGGUCACAAAAGCUGGACCGUGACCAGACAAAGGGACAGGGAUGAAAGUACUGGUUGUCAUGGUAACCUGGCGGGUUGCUGGGACCCAGGGGAGGGGCUUGGCCAUGUGCCUGAGCCCAGGCAUCUGGACGACCUCUGAGCAUGAGCCAGGGUGGCCCAGGGGCUCAUAGGGAUGCCCCUCCUGCUCGGGGCCCACCAGAGCCGGUGAACAAUGACAGCCUCACCCCCCACCCCCAUGGCAGCACCUGCUCCCCAGGCCUCCCCUGGUGGCCCCAUUAUCCUGCACCUGCUGCCCUCCCACCACACCUGCUCCUUAGCCCAGGGCGCCCUCCCCAAGGCACUCCCUGCCCAUUCCCAGGCCCAGCUGCCUGCUCUGAGGGCCAGCCAGGAGGGGCUGUGGAACCAGGAGGGGUGACAGGGAGGGCCCUGGGCAUGUUGCCCAGCUAGCUGUGCCUGAUCUGGCCCAUGACAAGGCCUCCAAUCCAGGACCUCAAUUUCCUCACCUGUAAAAUGGGAGCAAUCAUUCCUGCCCUCAGGGCCUCUGAGAGUAAGUUUCCUUCUGCUUGGAAGCAAAUCUGAGGCCCCCCCAGAACUGGGUCAGGGUGGACAGCUAGGUUGGAGAGGGAAGUGGGCUGUCCUGAGUCACACUCUCAGGGCCACCUCUAUUAGACCACAUGGAGCCCUGAAUGCUUCCUGCACAUUUCAGAAUCACAGUUUAGAGGUGGAGUUGACAUUUCCAGAGGCCCCUCAUGGGUACAGAGGUGUUGGGCAGGGGACCUAUCAGUGCCAGUUUCUUGAGUGGCCUGUCAGGAGUAUCAGGGAAAGAGGACUCGGGGGCAGGGACACAGGGAGAGUGAAAGCUGCCAGAGAAUGGCCCUGGGGAUUCCAGGUGCUCCAAUAGUCAGUUCAGGUGGGAACACAGAGUUCCUAGGAACUCUCAGCGUCUGGCUUUCUGAUACCCUACAACCAGAUGCUGGAAUGGAGGAGGGACAAGGGGACAGGAGGAGUGGGAAGCUCUGGAAGAUGACCCUGUCCUGGAAAGGGAGGGAUGCCUGUGGCCACUGGUCUUUGUCUUGUGGCCUACAUUCUAGGCUCCCUACAGCCUGCAGGACAGCCCAGGCUCCCAUCCUGCUCUGCAGUGACCUUGAGUGAGGCCUCUUCCCUCUGGUUACCUCAGUUUGCUGACAUGGAGUGUGGAAGCAGGUUGCCAAGGAGACUGCCAGCUCCAGCUGCCACCCUGGCUGUUUGAACACCCCUAGGCCAUUGCCACUAAUUACAGAGGGCCCCACCUCUCUGUUACUGAGGAACUUCCUCUCUUGAACAAACCAUCCUUACUGACCUGUCCAGUUGCUUACACACUUCCUCCCAAGGUCUGGCAAGGGCAAAGCUUUUGCCAAGAAUGGAAGUAUUUAGGGUAGGGUAACAGUCUGGUGUCCCUCAGACCAUUCUGUACAGGGGGCCCAGGUACAGGGCUGGGCCAGAUUUGUGUUUCCCAAUGUGCGGAUGGGAAAACUGAGGCCUGGCAAGAGAAGAGACUUGCCUGGUGAGUUAGCAGCAGAACCCAGGCCUCCUGAUCUUAUCAUAGAUGUUUCUAGAAGUGGACUACAGGUCAGAAUGGCAGUCUGGUCCCCAGACUCAGCAAACUCAGGCUACCCAGAAGGGCAGGGUGGGAGUACUUGGUGGGUCAUGGGGCUGAGAUGAUGAGGCCACUCACUGCCAUGAGAUCGCUCAGUCGAUGCUGACUGUGUUGCUUGGAGCUGAGGGGAAAACAGAGGCAUGCAGAGCCUAAUUAUGAUAAACGGCUCUCCACAGCUCUUUGGACCCCUUAGGGCCUGGAGUUUUGGGCCAGGCAGAUAGGGGCUGGUGGAGACCCCCUCCUGGCCACUGCUCCUUGUGAGCAGAACCCCAGCAUCCUGGACUCUGGAGUGGUCUGGAAUUACAGGUCAGAGGAAGCAGGGAGGCUGGGGAAGAUGGUGUGAAGUGUGGUCAUGGGCAGCUGGGUGACAGUUGGCUACUGUCUUCAGAGUAAUGGCCUGAUGUGGGUUGUUCUGUCUCCUAGUCAUUUCCUUGUGUCCUUCCAGGAUAGAUGGAGCUGGCAGAAUUGCUGGGAAAAGUAGCACCCUGGUCCCCACCACUCAAGCUCACCUUUUGGUUGGGGGAUAUAAUAGUGGCCAUUACAUGGUUGCCUACGAGGUGGUACUGGCUCUAGUCCCCUGAGGAGGCUGUGAGUGUAUUCUGUGGGCUGAGGCAAUCAGGGAGGGCUUCUUGAGGAGGUGUAUCCCAACAUGAGAAGAGAAGUGGCAAACAACAACAACAACAAUAACAACAACAAAAAACAAAAGGAGGAGAUUCCAUCUGGGAAGCUCCGUAUGAAUUCAUGGGGGAGUGGAUUUGGACUGGGGGCUGGGAUGAGGGCUGAGCAUUCAUGGCUGACUGGUCCUCAAUCCUCCAGUCCCCCAGGAACUCCUUUCCACUCCUUCUCCUCCCGGCUCUGGGCUUUCAGGGUCUUGUCUUUCAAACUGACCAUGUGGAUGAAAGGAGAGUUAAUUUGUCUCCAUUUUUAUUCAUCAGAGAAAAUACUGGUCAGAGCUGCUGAGGCCAGCUGGCCAAUGGCAGAGAGGGGAGGGUCCGUGGAGGCCUGGGGGGAAGGUGAGCCUCGGUGCUGGCCCAGCCCUCCCUCUCAUACCCUCCAUGCCUGUGACUGCUUUCUCAUGGCAGCAGCUCAGAGCUACUGGACUAACAAACCACAGGGAAUUCCUGGGGCCCAAGAGGCUGGCAGGGUUGGGGGAAGGAGGAGAGUGGGGAGCUCCAGCUACCUGGUCUGGAUGCCUGUCAUCUUUCGUUCCAGCUGGCUGGCUGGCUAUAUGAAGGGACUAUUCUGCCACCCAUUUACAAAGGGCAUUCAUGUCUGCAGCUAGAGAAGCCCUCCUUGCAGCCUCAGUACUGCCAGCAAGAAGCACAGGGGAGGGGGCCCAGGCCUGCCAUGCCCCUCAGGCCCCUUGCCCAAAGGCAUGGGCCUGGGCGAGGGCACACUUAGCAGCCUGUCUGUGCAAGCCCUGAGCUUCCAGCCCACCAGAGAUGGAUAGAGAGCCUCACUCACCCACCCUUAAACUCUUUCAGGAACCCAGUCUCUCCCUAUUUCAACGAGAGCGAGGCUGAGCUCCUUUCCGGCACAUAUGGGGCAAAAGACUGUCCUCCCACCACAGGAGGGGCAGGAGCCCAGUGUGGGGUCCAUGGCUCAGCUCCUUGUUCCUCUCCCAGGGAACUGGUAGACUUGGUGGCCUUUGGGGCAGGGCAGGAAGACCAGAGCCUGAACCCAUGCCUAACCACUGGAAAAGAUGGCAUUUGAGGCUGGGCCCUUGAGAUCCAGGAGUUACAGAGUUCCCAUUGUAGCUCAACAGGUUAUGAAUCUGACUAGUAUCCCCAAGGAUGCAAUUUCAAUCCCUGGCUUUGCUCAGUGGGUUAAGGAGCCGGUGUUGCCGUGAACUGUGGUGUAGGCCAGCAGCUACAGCUCCAAUUUGACCCCUAGCCUGGGAACCUCUGUAUGCCUCAGGUGCAUCCCUAAAAAGAAAAAAAAAAAUUGGGCAUUUACAUAAUGAUCAUCAGGUCCUACCAUGCCCCCCAGCCCCCACAGUACAAGCCAGUCUUACUAAUCCUUAGUUUUUCCCUUCUAGGAAAUGGGGCCAGUUCUCAGAAGGGGUUCUCAGGGUGAGGGAUGGUUUUUACAUUUUUUACAUUUUCUUUUGGUUUGUAACCCACCUCUUUUUCUUAUAGAAAAAAUGGAAAGACUAGUAAAUACAGUGGGCAUCUGUAAACUUUUAGAUUUUCCAAUUGUUGCUAUCAGGCUACUUUGGCUUUAUUUCUUCUCUCUAUAUAGUUAUACAUAAAUUUUGCCAAAUUAUGUGAUAGGAAGACAUCUUAUCUUUUGCCCUUAAGUUCUUUAGCUCACAUCAGCUAAGACAAAGACAGUCUCCUAUAUAACCAUAAUAUCAUUAUCACAUCUGAGAAAAUUAACAAGAAUUCAGCAUCCAGGACAGGAAGGAGGAUCCAAGCCUGAUCCCAUGCCAGAUUUUAGAGCAGAUGGGCACGCACGCCAUCCACUGCCCAUCCGGAGGAGGGCUGAGGAGGAGCUGCAGAUGUGUGUGUGUCUCCUGGAUCACAGAAGUGACUCUACAGUGACCCGACCAUCGGUCUGGUAGCUGGGACUUAAAGACAAACUUUCCCCAAUUAUUCUCAUAUUAUCGACAUCAUUUUAUCUUUUUUUUUUUCUUUUUUUCUUUUAACUAGGAUUCAAUAAAAAUUGCCGCACUUUGAAAACAGCACUGGGCUGUUUUGUCUCAGUCCCUAGUAUAGUGUGGGAGGGGAGGUGGGUAAUGGAGCUCCGAUUUGAGAGCCUAAAGAGUUGACACUAUCCCCGCCCACCCGCAACCCGCCCACAACCCGCCCAGGAAGCGGCCCAACCCUGGUACUGGAAGCCUUGAGUCGGGCGGGAGGAACCAAGUCCGGGCUUGUGUAGGGGAGACCGGCGAGGGACUGUAGAGGUUCACUGCCGGAAGUUGCCUCUAGCCUUGCCAGAUGGUCCCGCCCCUUAGCAACCGGCCCAGCGUCUCACCCUAGAGACGGGCCUCCAGAUCCACAUCUUGUGGUGGAGCCGGUAGGUCGGUAGGGGACCUCUGGCUCAGACAUCACUGAGAAGCAUCAUGGAACGGCCUAACAGAGAAGGCUACAGCCCAGGAAAGACCCCUCAGGGCCCAGAGUGCAGCGGUAUUCUUGCAGGCCAAGAGUGCAAUCUGAGAGACCUAGAGCAUAAACUGGGGAAGAUCUUUCUGGGACCGGAAUCUGGGUCAGAGAAGCUUCCUCUAAGCCCUGAUCCUAAGACCCCACCUUUACCCCUGCCUCUGGCCACACCCAUACCCUCAGACUUGGGGCAGCCCCGGAAGUUGCCCUUGACAGGCACUGAUAAGAAGUACCCCGUGAUGAAGCAGCGUGGGUUCUACUCUGACAUUCUCAGCCCUGGAAGCUUGGAUAAACUUGGGGGCUCUGGGGUUUGGUUUCAGGAAGUGUGUCGCGGCCCCUGCAUGACCCAGGACCUCCUGCGGCAGGCUGACCUUGACAAGUUUACCCCAAAAGUGUGCACACCUGGUACCUGCCUAGUUCUGUGUCUAGUGGUUGUUGGGCUCCAGUCUGAGACCCUGCAGCUCCUGCUCCUGCCCCUGCCUGCAGUGAGAACCUUUGAGGUUCCAGAGGACUUUGAAGAGUGCCUGGAGCAUCAGCGCUUUGGGUCCACCACCAAGCUGCUCACCCAGACUGACUUCCCGCUGCAGGCCUAUGAGCCUAAGGUGCAGGUGCCCUUCAUGGUGCUGCCGGGCCAGUGCCCUCGCAAGAUUGAGAUCGAGAGGAGGAAGCGGCUAUACCUGAGCCUGGAUAUCGAGCAGUUGCUGGCCAGUGAGGGCAUCAACUCCAACAAGCUCAUGCCCAGGCACCCAGACCCCCACCACCCCCAGACGAUCGAGCAGGGUCAUGACCCACUCUUCCCCAUCUAUCUCCCACUGAAGGUAUUUGACAAUGAGGAGUUUGAUUGCCGGACCCCCAGCGAGUGGAUCAACAUGGGUUUGGAGCCAGGGUCUCAGAACAGGAAACCCGUCCCCGGAAAAGCCCUCCUGCCCACUGAUGACUUCCUGGGGCAUGAGGAUCCCAAGAGUCAGAAGCUGAUAUACACAUGGUGCAAUGUCGGUGUCCUGGACUACGACAAGGAGAAGAAGCUGUACCUGGUGCACAAAACAGAUGAGGGUGGUUUGGUGCGAGAUGAGAUGGGGAAGCCUAUCCUGAAUGGAGGAAUCACAGCUGAAGGAAGGCCACCUCUCCUGAUCUGCCAGUACUGGGUGCCAAGGAUCCAGCUUCUCUUUUGUGCUGAGGACCCACGUGUGUUCACGCAACGUGUGGUCCAGGCCAAUGCCCUGCGCAAGAACACGGAGGCACUGCUGCUAUACAACCUCUACGUGGACUGCAUGCCCUCCGAGGGCCAACGGCUCAUCAGUGAGCAGAGCCUGAGCAAGAUCAAGCAGUGGGCCAUGAGCACACCUCGGAUGCGCAAAGGGCCAUCGGUUCUGGAACACCUCAGCAACCUCUGCAGAGAAGUGAACCUGGACUAUGAGCGCAGUAUGAACAAGAUCAACUUUGACAAAAUUGUCUCCUCCAAGCCUGAGACAUUCUCCUACGUGACCCUGCCUAAGAAGGAGGAGGAGAAGGUGCCCACACAAGGGCUGGUGAGUGUCCCCAAAUACCCCUUCCGGGAACAGAAGGCGGACUUCACCUUUGUGUCCCUGCUUACGCGGUCGGAGGUCAUCACAGCCCUCAGCAAGGUGCGGGCUGAGUGCAACAAGGUGACUGCCAUGUCCCUCUUUCACUCAAGCCUCUCCAAGUACAGCCGUCUGGAAGAAUUUGAGCAGAUCCAGUCACAGACCUUCUCCCAGGUGCAGAUGUUCCUCAAGGACACCUGGAUCAGCACACUCAAGGUGGCCAUGCGCAGCAGCCUGCGUGACAUGAGCAAGGGCUGGUACAACCUCUACGAGACCAACUGGGAGGUGUACCUCAUGUCGAAGCUGCGCAAGCUGAUGGAGCUGCUCAAGUACAUACUGCAGGACACGCUGCGCUUCCUGGUUCAGGACUCGCUCACCAACUUCUCCCAGUUCAUCAGUGAUACCUGCUGCAGCGUGCUCGAUUGUACCAAUGACAUGGUCUGGGGCGAGGACUUCAUAAAUAGCCCCUACAGGCCCCGCAAGAACCCCCUGUUCAUCGUGGACCUGGUGCUGGACAGCUCAGGGGUGCACUACAGUACGCCGCUGGAGCAGUUCGAGACUUCUCUGCUCAACCUCUUUGACAAGGGCAUCCUGGCCACCCAUGCAGUGCCCCAGUUGGAAAAGCUGGUGAUGGAGGAUAUCUUCAUCAGUGGCGACCCCCUGCUGGAGUCAGUGGGGCUUCAUGAGCCGCUGGUGGAGGAGCUGCGGGCCGUCAUUGCCAAUGCUCUGCGCAAGGCCAUGAUCCCACUCCAGGCCUACGCCAAGGAGUACAGAAGGUACCUGGAGCUGAACAACAGUGACGUUGCCACCUUCCUCAAGGCCUUCCAGACACAGUGCCCAUCAGCUGAGGAGGUGCGGGGGGUGGUGCUCACCCACCUGCAGGAGAAAGAGAUCCUGGACAGCUCACUGCCCAGCAGCAUCAUCAUCGGACCCUUCUACAUCAACGUCGACAAUGUCAAGCAGAGCCUGUCCAAGAAGCGCAAGGCCCUGGCCACAUCCAUGCUGGACAUCCUGGCCAAGAACCUGCACAAGGAGGUGGAUGAUAUCUGUGAAGAGUUCCGCAGCAUCAGUCGCAAGAUCUACGAGAAGCCCAACAGCAUUGAAGAGCUGGCGGAGCUUCGUGAGUGGAUGAAGGGCAUCCCGGAGAAGCUGGUGGGGCUGGAGGAGCGGAUUGUGAAGGUCAUGGAUGACUACCAAGUCAUGGACGAAUUCUUUUACAACCUCAGCACAGAUGACUUCAAUGACAAAUGGGCUGCCAGCAACUGGCCCGCUAAGAUCCUUGGGCAGAUUGAGAUAGUGCGGCAGCAACACAUCGAAGAUGAGGAGAAAUUCCGCAAAAUCCAGAUCAUGGACCAGAACAACUUCCAGGAGAAGCUGGAAGGGCUGCAGCUGGUGGUAGCUGGCUUCUCUGUCCAUGUGGAGAUUGCACGUGCACACGAGAUUGCCAAUGAGGUGCGGCGGGUCAAGAAGCAGCUGAAGGACUGCCAGCAGCUGGCGAUGCUCUACAACAACCGCGAGCGCAUCUUUGGCUUGCCCAUUACCAAUUAUGACAAUCUCUCCAGGAUGGUGAAGGAGUUCCAGCCCUAUCUGGACCUCUGGACCACUGCUUCUGACUGGCUUCGUUGGUCUGAGAGCUGGAUGAAUGACCCCCUGUCAGCCAUUGAUGCUGAGCAGCUGGAAAAGAAUGUCAUCGAGUCCUUUAAGACCAUGCACAAGUGUGUGAAGCAGUUCAAGGACAUCCCAGCCUGCCAGGAAGUGGCCUUAGACAUCCGGACACGCAUCGAAGAGUUCAAGCCAUACAUCCCACUGAUCCAGGGGCUGCGCAACCCUGGCAUGAGGAACCGGCACUGGGAUAUGCUGUCCAAUGAGAUCAACAUUAAUGUCAGACCCAAGGCCAAUCUAACCUUCGCUCGCUGCCUCGAGAUGAACCUGCAGGACCACAUUGAGAGCAUCAGCAAGGUGGCUGAGGUGGCCGGCAAGGAGUACACCAUUGAGCAGGCACUGGACAAGAUGGAGAAGGAGUGGUCCACAAUCUUGUUCAAUGUGAUGCCCUACAAAGAGACAGAGACCUACAUCCUCAAGAGCCCAGACGAGGCCUCGCAAUUGCUCGAUGAUCACAUCGUUAUGACCCAGAGCAUGUCCUUUUCACCCUACAAGAAGCCCUUUGAGCAGCGCAUCAACUCCUGGGAGAACAAGCUGAAGCUGACCCAGGAGGUGCUGGAGGAGUGGCUGAACUGUCAGCGGGCUUGGCUCUACCUGGAGCCCAUCUUCAGCUCUGAAGACAUCAACCGCCAGUUGCCAGUGGAGAGCAAGCGCUAUCAGACAAUGGAAAGGAUCUGGAGGAAGGUCAUGAGGAAUGCCUAUGAGAACCGGGAGGUGAUCAACGUGUGCUCUGACCAGAGGCUGCUGGACAGCCUGCGGGAUUGCAACAAGCUGCUGGACAUGGUGCAGAAGAGCCUCAGCGAGUACUUGGAGACCAAGCGGAGUGCCUUCCCCAGGUUCUACUUUCUGUCUGAUGAUGAGCUACUUGAGAUCUUGUCUCAGACAAAAGACCCCACAGCUGUGCAGCCCCACCUGCGUAAGUGCUUCGAGAACAUUGCUCAGCUGCUAUUCCAGGAGGACCUGCAGAUCACACAUAUGUACUCGGCGGAGGGUGAGGAGGUGCAGCUGUCCUUUUCCAUCUACCCAUCCAACAACGUGGAGGACUGGCUGCGGGAGGUGGAGCACAGCAUGAAGGCCAGCGUGCGGGACAUCAUUGAGAGGGCCAUCAAGGCCUACCCCACAAUGCUCAGGACUCAGUGGGUUCUGAACUGGCCUGGCCAGGUGACCAUUGCCGGGUGCCAGACCUACUGGACCAUGGAGGUGGAAGAGGCCCUGGAGGCCAGCAACCUCAGUACCCAGCUGUUCCCCCAGCUCUCCCGGCAGCUCAGUGACCUGGUGGCACUGGUGCGGGGGAAGCUGUCCCGCAUGCAGCGAGCCGUGCUGUCUGCGCUAAUCGUCAUCGAGGUCCACGCCAAGGAUGUGGUGAACAAGCUUAUCCAGGAGAAUGUGGUCAGUGUGAAUGACUUUGAGUGGAUCUCACAGCUGAGGUACUACUGGAUGAAUAACAACCUGUACAUCCGGGCUGUGAAUGCCGAGUUCAUCUAUGGCUACGAGUACCUAGGCAACAGUGGGAGGCUGGUGAUCACACCCCUCACGGACAGGUGCUACCUGACCCUGACUGGGGCCUUGCACCUCAAGUUUGGGGGUGCCCCAGCUGGCCCAGCUGGCACAGGGAAAACUGAGACCACCAAAGACCUGGGCAAGGCCUUGGCCAUCCAGACCGUUGUGUUCAACUGCUCUGACCAGCUUGACUUCAUGGCCAUGGGCAAGUUCUUCAAGGGCCUGGCCAGUUCUGGGGCGUGGGCCUGCUUCGAUGAGUUUAAUCGCAUUGAUAUCGAGGUGCUAUCUGUGGUGGCACAGCAGAUCACCACCAUCCAGAAGGCACAGCAACAGCGGGUGGAUCGCUUCAUGUUUGAAGGCGUCGAGAUCCCACUCGUGCCGUCCUGUGCAGUGUUUAUCACCAUGAACCCAGGAUAUGCUGGCCGCACUGAGCUGCCUGAUAACCUAAAGGCGCUCUUCCGGCCCGUGGCCAUGAUGGUUCCGGAUUAUGCCAUGAUUGCUGAGAUCUCCCUUUAUUCCUUUGGCUUCAACGAGGCCAGUGUGCUAGCCAAGAAGAUCACAACCACCUUCAAGCUUUCCUCCGAGCAGCUCAGUUCCCAGGAUCACUAUGACUUCGGGAUGAGAGCUGUGAAGACUGUGAUCUCAGCUGCUGGGAACCUGAAACGAGAAAACCCCAGCAUGAACGAGGAGCUGAUUUGCCUCCGGGCCAUCCGAGAUGUGAAUGUACCCAAGUUCCUGCAGGAGGACCUCAAGCUCUUCUCUGGAAUCGUGUCCGACCUGUUCCCCACCAUCAAGGAGGACGAGACUGACUAUGGCAUCCUAGACAAGGCCAUCCGCAGAACCUGCGAGAAGUACAACCUCAAGGAUGUGGACGGCUUCCUGACCAAGUGCAUCCAGCUCUACGAGACCACGGUGGUGCGGCACGGCCUCAUGCUCGUUGGACCCACUGGCUCUGGCAAGAGUAAUUGUUACAGGGUCCUGGCGGCCGCCAUGACAUCACUGAAAGGGCAGCCUUCCAUCAGUGGUGGUGUGUAUGAGGCUGUCAACUACUACGUGCUCAACCCCAAGUCCAUCACGAUGGGCCAGCUAUAUGGGGAGUUUGACCUGCUCACUCAUGAGUGGACAGAUGGGAUCUUCUCCUCCCUCAUCCGGGCGGGGGCCAUCGCCUCCGACACCAAUAAGAAGUGGUACAUGUUCGAUGGGCCAGUGGAUGCCAUCUGGAUUGAGAACAUGAACACGGUGCUGGACGACAACAAGAAGCUGUGCCUCAGCUCUGGGGAGAUCAUCAAGCUCACAGAGGUGAUGACCAUGAUGUUUGAGGUGCAGGACCUGGCGGUGGCUUCCCCAGCCACAGUGUCCCGCUGUGGCAUGGUGUACCUGGAGCCCAGCAUCCUGGGGCUUAUGCCUUUUGUCGAGUGCUGGCUGAGGCGUCUCCCUGCUUUACUCAAGCCCUUUGAGGAGCAGUUCAAGGCCCUCUUUGUCAGCUUCUUGGAGGGAUCCAUCGCUUUUGUCCGGUCCUCAGUGAAGGAGGUGAUCACCUCAACCAACAGCAACCUGACCAUGAGUCUCCUCAAGCUGCUGGACUGCUUCUUCAAGCCCUUUCUGCCUAAAGAGGGCCUCAAAAAAAUACCUCCUGAAAAGCUGAGUCGCAUUCCAGAGCUGAUUGAGCCCUGGUUCAUCUUCUCCCUGAUCUGGAGUGUGGGCGCCACAGGGGACAGCACCAGCCGUAUCAGCUUCAGCCACUGGCUCAGGGUCAAGAUGAAGCUAGAAAACCUGACCUUGCCCUUUCCAGAAGAGGGGCUGGUGUUUGAUUAUAGGCUGGAGGAUGGCGGCAUCAGCAGCACUGACGAUAAUGAGGAAGAUGAUGAGGAGGGCAAGCAGGUCACCUGGGUGAAGUGGAUGGACUCCUCAACUUUGUUCACCAUGAUGCCAGAUACCAACUACUGCCACAUCAUCGUGCCUACCAUGGACACUGUGCAGAUGUCGUACCUGCUAGACAUGCUCCUCACCAACCACAAGCCUGUGCUGUGCAUCGGGCCGACGGGCACAGGGAAGACCCUUACCAUCUCCAACAAGCUCCUCAAGAACCUGCCACUGGAAUACAUCAGCCACUUCCUCACCUUCUCUGCCCGCACCUCAGCCAACCAAACCCAGGACCUCAUUGACAGCAAACUGGACAAGAGGCGGAAGGGUGUGUUUGGGCCACCCCUGGGGCGCAACUUCAUCUUCUUCAUUGAUGACCUGAACAUGCCAGCCCUGGAGACCUAUGGUGCCCAGCCACCCAUUGAGCUGUUGCGCCAGUGGAUGGACCAUGGUGGCUGGUAUGACCGCAAGAUCAUCGGAGCCUUCAAGAAUCUGGUGGAUAUCAACUUUGUCUGUGCCAUGGGCCCCCCAGGGGGAGGCCGGAAUGCCAUCACCCCACGGCUGACUCGCCACUUCAACUACCUGUCAUUUGCUGAGAUGGACGAGGUCAGCAAGAAGCGCAUCUUUUCCACCAUCCUGGGCAGCUGGAUGGAUGGACUCCUCGGAGAAAAGAGUUACCGGGAGCCCGUGCCCGGAGCCCCCAACAUCGCCCACUUCACGGACCCCCUUGUGGAAGCUACCAUCAAGGUGUACUCUACCAUCACCUCCCAGCUGCUGCCCACCCCAGCCAAGUCCCACUACACCUUCAACCUGAGGGACCUCUCCAAGGUCUUCCAGGGUAUGCUCAUGGCUGACCCAGCCAAGGUCGAGGACAAGGUGCAACUGCUGCGCCUGUGGUACCAUGAGAGCUGCCGUGUGUUUCGUGACCGCCUGGUGAACGAGGAGGACCGAGGCUGGUUUGACACACUCCUGGAGAGCCACAUGGAGCAGUGGGAGGUGGCCUUCCAAGAGGUCUGCCCCUUCCAGCCCAUCCUCUAUGGGGACUUCAUGUCACCGGGCUCUGACAUCAAGUCCUAUGAGCUCAUCACCAAUGAGAAGAAGAUGAUGCAUGUGAUUGAAGAGUACAUGGAGGACUACAACCAGAUCAACACAGCCAAGCUGAAGCUAGUACUCUUCAUGGACGCCAUGAGCCACAUCUGCCGCAUCAGCCGCACCCUGCGCCAGGCGCUGGGCAAUGCACUCCUGUUGGGGGUGGGCGGCAGCGGCCGCAGCUCCCUCACACGGCUGGCCUCGCACAUGGCCGAGUAUGAGUGCUUCCAAAUUGAGCUCUCCAAGAACUACGGCAUGAUGGAGUGGCGCGAUGAUAUCAAGAAGGUCUUGCUCAAGGCUGGCCUGCACAAUCUGCCCAUCACCUUCCUGUUCUCAGAUACCCAGAUCAAGAACGAGUCCUUCCUGGAGGACAUUAACAAUGUCCUGAGCUCUGGUGACAUCCCCAACCUCUACAAUUUGGAUGAGCAGGACCAGAUUGUCAACACCAUGCGGCCCUACAUCCAGGAGCGGGGCCUGCAGCCCACCAGGGCCAACCUCAUGGUUGCCUACACCGGGCGUGUGUGCAGCAACAUCCACAUGGUGCUAUGCAUGAGCCCCAUUGGAGAGGUCUUCCGAGCUCGCCUGAGGCAGUUCCCCUCCCUGGUCAACUGCUGUACCAUCGACUGGUUUAAUGAAUGGCCGGCACAGGCCCUGGAGUCUGUGGCUACCACGUUCCUGAACGAGAUCCCAGAUCUGGAAGCCACCCCCAAAGUAACUGAAGGACUGAUUCAGGUAUGCGUGUAUAUCCACCAGUCGGUGGCCAAGAAGUGUGUUGAAUACCUGGCUGAGCUGGCACGCCACAACUAUGUAACCCCCAAGAGCUACCUGGAGCUGCUCAAUAUUUUUUCCAUCCUCAUUGGGCAGAAGAAACAGGAGCUGAAAACCGCCAAGAACCGCAUGAAGAGUGGCCUCGACAAGCUGCUGCACACUUCAGAGGACGUGGCCAAGAUGCAGGAGGAGCUGGAGAUUAUGCGCCCCCUGUUGGAGGAGGCUGCCAAGGACACCACGAUCACCAUGGAGCAGAUCAAGGUAGACACAACCAUUGCUGAGGAGACCCGGAAUUCAGUGCAAGCAGAGGAGAUCAAGGCCAAUGAGAAGGCUAGGAAGGCACAAGCUAUUGCUGACGAUGCCCAGAAGGAUUUGGAUGAGGCUCUGCCAGCCCUGGACGCAGCCCUGGCCAGUUUGCGCAACCUCAACAAGAAUGAUGUGACUGAGGUGCGUGCCAUGCAGCGGCCACCCCCUGGUGUGAAGCUGGUCAUAGAGGCUGUGUGCAUCAUGAAGGGCAUCAAGCCUAAGAAGGUCCCAGGAGAGAAGCCUGGCUCCAAGGUGGAUGACUACUGGGAGCCUGGCAAAGGGCUGCUGCAGGACCCUGGCCGCUUCCUGGAGAGCCUCUUCAAGUUUGACAAGGACAACAUUGGGGAUGUGGUGAUCAAAGCCAUCCAGCCAUACAUCGACAAUGAAGAGUUCCAGCCAGCUGCCAUCGCCAAGGUGUCUAAGGCCUGCACCUCCAUCUGCCAGUGGGUGCGCGCCAUGCACAAGUACCAUUUCGUGGCUAAGACCGUGGAGCCCAAGCGGCAAGCCCUGCGGGAGGCCCAGGAUGAUCUGGAGGUGACACAGAGGAUCCUGGAGGAGGCGAAGCAGCGCCUGCACGAGGUGGAGGAUGGCAUCGCCACAAUGCAGGCCAAGUACCGAGAAUGCGUUGCCAAGAAGGAGGAGCUGGAGCUGAAGUGUGAGCAGUGUGAGCAGCGGCUGGGCCGUGCCGACAAGCUCAUCAACGGGCUAUCAGACGAAAGGGUGCGCUGGCAGGAGACGGUGGAGAACCUGCAACACAUGCUUGACAACAUCGUCGGAGACGUGCUGGUGGCUGCUGGCUUUGUGGCCUACCUGGGCCCCUUCACGGGCCAAUACCGCACAGUGCUCUACGAUAGCUGGGUCAAGCAGCUCACCACCCACCAUGUCCCGCACACCUUGGAGCCCACGCUCAUCGGGACGCUGGGAAACCCUGUGAAGAUACGCUCGUGGCAGAUCUCUGGCCUCCCCAACGACACGCUGUCAGUGGAGAACGGGGUCAUCAACCAGUUCUCCCAGCGCUGGACCCACUUCAUUGACCCUCAGAGCCAGGCCAACAAAUGGAUCAAGAACAUGGAGAAGGACAGUGGGCUGGACGUGUUCAAGCUGAGCGAUCGAGACUUCCUGCGCAGCAUGGAGAAUGCCAUCCGCUUUGGCAAGCCCUGUCUUCUAGAGAACGUGGGCGAGGAGCUGGAUCCUGCCCUGGAGCCUGUGCUGCUCAAGCAGACAUACAAGCAGCAGGGAAACACUGUGCUGAGGCUGGGCGACACGGUGAUCCCCUACCAUGAAGACUUCAGGAUGUACAUCACCACCAAGCUGCCCAACCCACACUACACGCCUGAGAUCUCCACCAAACUCACCCUCAUCAACUUCACCCUGUCCCCCAGUGGCCUAGAGGACCAGCUGCUGGGCCAGGUAGUGGCUGAGGAGCGGCCUGACCUGGAAGAAGCCAAGAACCAGCUGAUUGUCAGUAAUGCCAAGAUGCACCAGGAGCUGAAGGACAUUGAAGACCAGAUCUUGUAUCGGCUCAGCUCCUCUGAGGGCAACCCUGUGGAUGACAUGGAACUCAUCAAGGUGCUAGAGGCUUCCAAGAUGAAAGCUGCUGAGAUACAGGCCAAGGUCAGGAUUGCAGAGCAGACAGAGAAGGACAUUGACCUCACACGCAUGGAGUACAUUCCCGUGGCCGUCCGCACCCAGAUCCUCUUCUUCUGCGUGUCCGACCUAGCCAACGUGGACCCCAUGUACCAGUACUCCCUCGAGUGGUUUCUCAACAUCUUCCUCUCGGGCAUUGCCAACUCAGAGAGGGCAGACAACCUGAAGAAGCGCAUCACCAAUAUCAACCGCUACCUGACCUACAACCUCUACAGCAACGUCUGCCGCAGCCUCUUUGAGAAGCACAAGCUGAUGUUCGCCUUCCUGCUGUGUGCUCGCAUCAUGAUGAACGAGGGCAAGAUCAACCAGAGUGAGUGGCGCUACCUCCUGUCUGGGGGCUCUGUCCCGGUCAUGAGUGAGAACCCUGCCCUGGACUGGCUGUCAGACCGGGCCUGGCGGGAUAUCCUGGCACUCUCCAACCUACCGGCCUUCUCCUCCUUCGCCCUUGACUUCGUGAAGCACCUGUCAGAAUUCCGGGCCAUCUUUGACAGCCCUGAGCCCCACCGGGAGCCCUUGCCUGGUAUCUGGGACCAGUACCUGGACCAGUUCCAGAAGCUGCUGGUCCUCCGCUGCCUCCGUGGGGACAAGGUUACCAAUGCCAUGCAGGACUUUGUGGCCACGAACCUGGAGCCACGCUUCAUUGAGCCCCAAACAGCCAACCUGUCGGUGGUAUUCAAAGACUCCAACUCCACCACACCCCUCAUCUUCGUGCUGUCUCCUGGCACCGACCCCGCUGCUGACCUCUACAAGUUUGCUGAAGAGAUGAAGUUUUCCAAGAAGCUCUCUGCCAUCUCCCUGGGCCAGGGCCAGGGUCCUCGGGCGGAAGCCAUGAUGCGCAGCUCUAUAGAGAGAGGCAAGUGGGUCUUCUUCCAGAACUGCCACCUGGCACCCAGCUGGAUGCCAGCCCUGGAGCGCCUCAUCGAGCACAUCAACCCCGACAAGGUGCACCGGGACUUCCGCCUGUGGCUCACCAGCUUACCCAGCAACAAGUUCCCAGUGUCCAUCCUGCAGAAUGGCUCCAAGAUGACCAUUGAGCCACCGCGAGGGGUCAAGGCCAACCUGCUCAAGUCCUACAGCAGCCUGAGUGAUGACUUCCUCAACUCUUGUCACAAAGUGAUGGAGUUCAAGUCCCUGCUUCUAUCUCUGUGUUUGUUCCAUGGGAAUGCCCUGGAGCGUCGUAAGUUUGGGCCGCUGGGCUUCAACAUCCCCUACGAGUUCACAGACGGGGACCUGCGCAUCUGCAUUAGCCAGCUCAAGAUGUUCCUAGAUGAGUAUGACCACAUCCCCUACAAGGUCCUCAAGUACACAGCAGGGGAGAUCAACUAUGGAGGCCGCGUUACCGAUGACUGGGACCGCCGCUGCAUCAUGAACAUCCUGGAAGACUUCUACAGCCCUACCGUGCUCUUACCAGAGCACAGCUACAGCGCCUCGGGCAUCUACCACCAGAUCCACCCCACCUACGACCUCAACGGCUACCUCACCUACAUCAAGAGCCUGCCACUCAAUGACAUGCCUGAGAUCUUUGGCCUGCAUGACAAUGCCAAUAUCACCUUCGCCCAGAAUGAGACCUACACCCUGCUUGGCACCAUCGUCCAGCUGCAACCUAAAUCAUCUUCUGCAGGCGGCCAGAGCCGGGAAGAGAUAGUGGAGGAUAUAGCCCAGAACGUUCUGCUCAAAGUGCCUGAGCCCAUCAACUUGCAGUUGGUGAUGACCAAGUACCCUGUGCUGUAUGAGGAGUCAAUGAACACGGUGCUAGUUCAGGAGGUCAUUCGGUACAAUCGGCUGCUGCAAGUGGUCACACAGACACUGAGAGACCUGCUCAAGGCACUCAAGGGGCUGGUGGUUAUGUCCUCGCAGCUAGAGCUGAUGUCUGCCAGCCUGUACAACAACACUGUGCCUGAGCUCUGGAAUGCCAAGGCCUACCCAUCGCUCAAACCACUGUCCUCAUGGGUCAUGGACCUGCUACAGCGCCUGGACUUCCUGCAGGCCUGGAUCCAGGGGGGCAUCCCUGCUGUCUUCUGGAUCAGCGGCUUCUUCUUCCCCCAGGCUUUUCUGACAGGCACCCUGCAAAACUAUGCCCGCAAGUCUGUCAUCUCCAUUGACACCAUCUCCUUCGAUUUCAAGGUGAUGCGCCCAUCAGUGUCAGAGAUCAAGACAAGGCCCAAAGAGGGGUGCUUCAUCCAUGGACUCUUCCUGGAAGGUGCCCGAUGGGACCCUCUGGCCUUCCAGCUGGCCGAGUCUCGGCCCAAGGAGCUAUAUACAGAGAUGGCUGUUAUCUGGCUCCUGCCAACGCCCAACCGCAAGGUCCAGGACCAGGACUUCUACCUCUGCCCCAUCUACAAGACGCUGACCCGUGCUGGAACACUCUCAACCACAGGCCACUCUACUAACUACGUCAUUGCUGUGGAAAUCCCCACCGACCAGCCCCAGCGACACUGGAUAAAGCGUGGUGUGGCCCUCAUCUGUGCCCUGGACUACUAGACCCAGACAGAAAAGCUGAGGCCAUUAAAGUUUGAUUUCAUGAGCAG